UAUUAUUAUGGUGCAGAAAUGCUGGCACAAAUGAACACCUCUAAUGGCAUAUCCCUUCAUUUCUCUUCUACAUUAUUUCUCCCACCACCUCAGCCGCCGCUGCCCCAAGUGUUCACCACCAGAAAACCCUUAUCCAAUUACCGUUUUCUCCUCGAAUUGCGGCCGGUUUUUUGCAGGUCCCGGCGGUGGGACUCCAAUGCAGAGUCCUUGAGAAACUUCAACUUCGAAUAUAAUGAUGACGAUGAUGACAAUGACGAAGAAUUGGAGCAAUGGACUGAGGUUGUUGAAGAUUAUAUUGAUAGUAUAUGGAUUAUUAAGGUUUUCAGAUCGUUUGGUUGGUUGCUUCCGUUUGUUAUCUUGUCUUUGCUUCUAGCAACAGAUUCAAAAGCUUUUCUUAUGGCAUUAGCACUCCCUAUUGGGCAGUCCACUCUUUCCUUUGUGUUCCAAAGGUUAUGGGAUCGAGGUAAAAACAAACGAAAGCGCAGAACCAAGAUUAAAAAAAGAUCACGCCCUCGCACUUCAAGGACUGUUAAAUUGAACAAAGAAUGGGGUGAAAGCCAAGAGGAAACAAAGAAAAAGACAGGAUAUCAACCUUGGAUUCCAAGAAAUGAUGUUUCAAAUAAAAGCAGUGAUGAGGAUGCAUACAGUUUUGGUGGAUGGGAUGAGCUAGAUAGAGGAGAGGACUUGAAAGAAUCUUCUAGAAGACGGGGGGAUCGAACAGCAACUAGAUCACAGGGGAUGUUUACUGAGAAGGGGAAGUCGAGUCAAAGUGAAAUGCCUUUAUUACUCAGAUUACUGAUUGCAGUUUUCCCAUUUUUGGGUUCAUUCACAAAGAUGCUAUAGUUUUCUCACAUAUUAUAUAUAGAGCAAUAUGCUUUGAUCUGGUCUCAAA